CGGGCAGGCACUGGGUCCCUCAGCUCGUAGCGAGGGAAGAGUCGAGCUUUGGUCCAACUUCUGACUGAAAAUCGACCUUUCCGAGCUAUUUUUUCCCUCAAUUGUUGMCGUUGAGGGGAAAAAAAGCACCAUAACUGCCCAGCGCAGCUCCCUUCUGCCUCCUGAGGAGCCUCCCCCAAGCUUCACCUCAGCCAUGGUGAUGUUCAAGAAGGUCAAGACCUUCCUCGUGGCCCUCAGCGAGCCCGAGAAGGUUUACUGCAGCGGGGAGAAGGUGGCAGGGCAUGUGGUGGUGGAGGUGGCCGAGGUGACGCGCGUCAGCGCCGUCAAGGUGCUGGCCUGCGGCAUGGCCAGAGUCAACUGGGCCAAGGGCCCGCAGCAGUGCAAGCAGGAGAUGGAGUACCUGCGCUUCGAGGAUGUCCUGGCCCUGGAGGAGCAGCCCACGGAUGGAGAUGGCUCUGUAAUCCUGAGACCUGGAAACAAAUAUGAAUACAAAUUUGGAUUCGAGCUUCCCCAAGGGCCCCUGGGCACCACCUUCAAGGGGAAGUACGGCUGCGUGGACUACUGGGUGAAGGCCUUCCUGGAACGCCCGUCCUUUCCCACGCAGGAGACCAAGCAGCGCUUCGAGGUUAUGGAUCCCGUUGAUGUGAACACGCCAGAACUCCUGUCUCCAGUUGCUGCCAAGAAGGAGAAGAAGGUGUCCUGUAUGUUCAUUCCCGAUGGCCACGUCUCAGUCAGUGCUCAGAUCGACAGAAAAGGCUUUUGUGAAGGUGAUGAGAUCUGCAUCAAUGCCGACUUCGAGAACACUUGCUCGCGCAUCGUGGUGCCCAAGGCGGCCAUCAUCGCCAAGCACACGUACCUGGCCAACGGGCAGACCAAGGUGUUCACCCAGAAACUCUCCUGCGUCCGAGGCAACCACAUCAUCUCGGGCAUGUCCGAGUCCUGGCGGGGCAAGACCAUCCGUGUCAAGAAGCUCAAGCCGUCUAUCUUGGGCUGCAACAUCCUGCGCGUGGAGUAUUUCCUGCAGAUCUACGUCAGCGUGCCAGGCUCCAAGAAGAUCAUCCUCGAGCUGCCCCUUGUCAUCGGCAGCCGCUCGGGCAUCGGCAGCCGCAGCUCCAGCAUGGCCAGUCAGACCAGCUCCGAAAUGAGCUGGGUGGACCUGAACCUCCCCGAUGCUCCGGAAGCGCCUCCUUGUUACUUGGACAUUGUCCCUGAAGACCAUCGCCUGGAGAGCCCCACCACUCCCCUCCUCGAUGACCCCGACGGCUUUGACAGCCCCAUCUUCAUGUACGCCCCGGAGUUCAAGUUCAUGCCACCACCAACCUACACAGAGGUGGAUCCCUGCAACGCUAACAACAAUGUGCAGUGAGGGCCAAGCAAAAAGUUACUCUCCCACUUUUUCUGGACUCUAGAUCUGCAAGGAUCCCAGUGCAGCAGCRGCCCGGAGCGCGGCUCCCUGGAGGAGCCCUGCUGCAGGAGGGAAUGGCCCCGCAAAGGGCCCUUCACCGGAGCCCGCGGGGAGGCUCCGCGCGGCCGGCGGGGAGGAGGUGACGUGUGUGGCUGUUCCCUCGGGGGCCGCCUGCCCUGCGUGGGCUCGGCGGGGUUUAGGGCCUUGCCUACAGCCAUAGUCUUCCAAAAAAAAAAAGAGAAAAGCCCCAAACCCCACAAAACAAAGGUGCUCAUGUGGAAACUGGCGGAAAAUCCUUGUGUGGAGCAGGGGAAGGUGUCAACGUGUCCGUAACGAUCCCGUAAGAGAGGUAAAGUCCAGCCUAAAAAGACUCGAGGAGCUGUUGGAGUGACACAAGUUGCGUCGCGCUGCCUCUGCUCCGACACUGUCCUCCAAGGCAGGCGCGCGGCUCCGUGCGCGUUCGCUCCGUGUCUGUAACGCGCAAAGAUUGUAACUCGUUCCUCUGCUGGGGCGGUCUUGGUUAAGCACUCGACUCGGAGCUUCCAUGCGCCUUGAGAUCCCGGCGGGAGCGGCUGCCUGGGCCCUGAUCAUGCUCAUCCCGUUCCAUUUGCUGCUUUGGUGGCGAACUUGGAAGCUGGGCUCCAUGGUUGGGUCCACCCGUGUUGAUGGGGUCCAUCUGCGUGGUGCUUGUCCCGAGCUGGUGGUACUGGUGAGGGACAAGCCCGCUUUCCUGCCAGUCCCAACUUCAUCUCGUGCUACCGCGUUAUCCGACAUGGGCCUCGUGCACCCGYGAGCCGCCCGGAGCCCAAAGCCAUCACCUGGGGACAGCUCCCGCGAGGGGCACCGGAGCAGCCCCCCUGCU